AUGGGAUCCACGACGAAGAGAUACCGCGAGGAGCUGCCCAAGAUUCUGAUGUCAAUGAACGGCGGUGGCCCAGGGGAAAUGGAGGAAACGAUGAUGUGGUACGCAGUGUCGCACGAAAAGGCCGAGGAGGAGGACUGGAUACGUUCCAGGGCAUCAUGGGUAGAUGAUAAGUGGCGGAAAUUUUCCUUGGAUCGGAUGGAGAGAAUGAAAACUGUUGGAAGAGUACAGAUACUAUCACUGCCUGGACCCACUCCACCACCUCCACCCUUGGGAUGGCCGAAGAAACACAAGGACUAUUCGUCUGCAACUGGCUGUCCCCUUUCUCACCUUCAAGGCAGUCUAGAAGAUAUUCAUGGACAAACUGUCAAUCUGGCAACAACACGACCUCAAGCCGCAGUAACACAACGAAAGCACACACAGCGACAUUUGCUCAUUCUCGCUCCCUGUCCAUCUCUCUCGAGCAAGAACGAAGACACAAAGAACGCGCGGGGACCGGUGGGGGUCAAUAAAAAACGUGUGUUCAACAGCGAGGUUAACAUGUCGCGCGUGGUGAAGCACAUGCCCAAGAUGCAACGGACAGAGAGCAAGAAGGAGUUAGCAGUUGGGAAAGGAGAGGAGAAGGCGGUUGGGAAGACGACCAACCUUGAGGGACUGCAAUGCCAGGUGGAUUCACAAUCGAAAGGGGGUCAACGACUGGCGGCUGGUCGGUCUACUUCGUCUUCAUAUUGGGCUAGGGACCUGUUCGGGUUUGGGAGGCCCAAGAUGGGCAAUUGGAAGACUCAGGCGAUUCUCUCCAGAAGCGACUCGCCAAUCACCAAAAUUAUGAAGAUACUCUUCCCUCCAGCACGAGAGAAGAUUCUUGUAGUUCGCGCCACCACGCCAAAGACAUUCAGCAGGCGUAGCAAGGCAAUCUUCAGAGCCUCGAAAGCCGAAUUAGAAACUAUGUGGUCCUCUUCUCGCAUCUAG